CAAAGACGAACAGCAGGCAGUCAGUUUGUGUUUGUCGAUCAUCGGGAACGCCAGAAGAAGCACCACUCCCCCACAGGUCAUCGUGGGAGCUGAACGUGAAUAAUCCUCGUGAUGUGGGCACAGGUGGCGCUAGUGGCAUUACUGCUAGGAGUCACUAGCAGUGACAAACGAGAGGGCCGACAAGCUCCUGGCUACUCUUACCUACAGCCCAAUGUAGAUGGCCAGGCAGUGCUGGGUGCGGGAGUAGGCGCCGGUGCCGGGGAUGCAUCAGCUGGACAGCUAGUUACCCCUUGGCCUCCUCUCAUGCCAUACCAAUUUGCAUAUGAAGUGAAAGACCCUGAAACCCAUAACUAUCAAAACCGAGUAGAAUUCGUGGAAAAUGGAGUACUUCAAGGUAGCUACAGCCUUCUGGGACCCGACGGUGUCGUAAGAACAUCUGUAUACUCUGAUGAUGGUAACUCUGGGUUCAAGGUUACUCUACAUGAGAUUCAAACAGAUAUUGCUGUGGGCUCAGGUGCUUCUGCAAGUUCAGCAGCCAGUGCCUCUUCUAGCUUUGGAGGUGUAAGUGGGGCUAGUGAUGCAUUUUCAUCCGCUGAUGGCAGUGGAAAUGGAGGAUUUUCUGCUGGAGGUCAAGGAGCAGGAGGACAUGGAGAUUCUGGCUUAGGAGGAUUUUCUGCUGGAGGUCAAGGAGCAGGAGGACAUGGAGAUUUCUCAUCUGGAGGCUCUGGGGGUGCAUUUGCUGGUGAUUCUGGCUUAGGAGGAUUUUCUGCUGGAGGUCAAGGAGCAGGAGGACAUGGAGAUUUCUCAUCUGGAGGCUCUGGGGGUGCAUUUGCUGGUGAUUCUGGCUUAGGAGGAUUUUCUGCUGGAGGUGAAGGAGCAGGAGGACAUGGAGAUUUCUCAUCUGGGGGCUCUGGGGGUACAUUUGCUGGUGAUUCUGGCUUAGGAGGAUUUUCUGCUGGAGGUGCAGGAGCAGGAGGACAUGGUGAUUCUGGCUUGGGAGGAUUUUCUGCUGGAGGUACAGGAGCAGGAGGACAUGGUGAUUCUGGCCUAGGAGGAUUUUCUACUGGAGGUGCAGGAGCAGGAGGACAUGGUGACUCUGGCUUAGGAGGAUUUUCUGCUGGAGAUGCAGGAGCAGGAGGACAUGGAGAUUUCUCAUCUGGAGGCUCUGGGGGUACAUUUGCUGGUGAUUCUGGCUUAGGAGGAUUUUCUGCUGGAGGUCUAGGAGCAGGAGGACAUGGUGAUUCUGGCUUAGGAGGAUUUUCUGCUGGAGGUCUAGGAGCAGGAGGACAUGGUGAUUCUGGCUUAGGAGGAUUUUCUGCUGGAGGUCUAGGAGCAGGAGGACAUGGUGAUUCUGGCUUAGGAGGAUUUUCUGCUGGAGGUCUAGGAGCAGGAGGACAUGGUGAUUCUGGCUUAGGAGGAUUUUCUGCUGGAGGUCUAGGAGCAGGAGGACAUGGUGAUUCCUGCUUAGGAGGAUUUUCCGCUGGAGGUCUAGGAGCAGGAGGACAUGGUGAUUCUGGCUUAGGAGGAUUUUCCGCUGGAGGUCAAGGAGCAGGAGGACAUGGUGAUUCUGGCUUAGGAGGAUUUUCUGCUGGAGGUCAAGGAGCAGGAGGACAUGGUGAUUCUGGCUUAGGAGGAUUUUCUACUGGAGGUCAAGUUGUAGGGGGACAUGGAGACUUCUCAGCUGGAGGAUUAGGAGCUACCUCUGCCUCCGCUGGUGGUAGUGGAUUUGGAGGACAUACUGCAGGAAGUGCUGGAUCUUCUGCUUCAGCAGGUGUAGGAGGACUUGGUGGUUUCUCUGCUGGUGGAUCAGGAGCUGCUUCCUCCUCUGCUGGUGGUAGUGGAUUUGGAGGAUUCUCAGCAGGAGGGGCAGGAUCUUCUUCUGCUUCAGCAGGUGUAGGAGGACUUGGUGGUUUCUCUGGUGGUGGAUCAGGAGCUGCUUCCUCCUCUGCUGGUGGCAGUGGAUUUGGAGGAUUCUCAGCAGGAGGGGCAGGAUCAUCUUCUGCUUCAGCAGGUGUAGGAGGACUUGGUGUUUUCUCUGGUGGUGGAUUAGGAGCUGCUUCCUCCUCUGCUGGUGGUAGUGGAUUUGGAGGAUUCUCAGCAGGAGGGGCAGGAUCGUCUUCUGCUUCAGCAGGUGUAGGAGGACUUGGUGGUUUCUCUGCUGGUGGAUUAGGAGCGGCUUCCUCCUCUGCUGGUGGUAGUGGAUUUGGAGGAUUCUCAGCAGGAGGGGCAGGGUCUUCUUCUGCUUCAGCAGGUGUAGGAGGACUUGGUGGUUUCUCUGCUGGUGGAUCAGGAUCUUCAUCUGCUUCUGUUGGUGGUAGUGGGUUUGGGGGUUUGUCUUCUGGCACUUCAGUGGGCGGAAGUGGAUUAGGAGGGUUCUCUUCUGGGGGACCUGGCGUUACAUCAGCUCUAGUAGGAGGCCCUGGAUUAGGAGGAUUUUCUUCUGGAGGAUCAAGCGCUGCUUCUGCAUCAUCUGGUAGCAGUGGAAUUGGAGGAUUUUCUGUUGGAGGGUCAGGAGCUGCAUCCGCAUCUGCUGGUGGUGGUGGACUAGGAGGGUUCUCUUCUGGGGGACCUGGCGUUGCAUCAGCUCUAGUAGGAGGCCCUGGAUUAGGAGGAUUUUCUUCUGGAGGAUCAAGCGCUGCUUCUGCAUCAUCUGGUAGUAGUGGAAUUGGAGGAUUUUCUGUUGGAGGGUCAGGAGCUGCAUCCGCAUCUGCUGGUGGUGGUGGAUUAGGAGGCUUCUCUUCGGGGGGACCUGGCGUUGCAUCAGCUCUAGUAGGAGGCCCUGGAUUAGGAGGAUUUUCUUCUGGAGGAUCAAGCGCUGCUUCUGCAUCAUCUGGUAGUAGUGGAAUUGGAGGAUUUUCUGUUGGAGGGUCUGGAGCUGCAUCUGCAUCUGCUGGUGGUGGUGGAUUAGGAGGGUUCUCUUCUGGGGGACCUGGCGUUGCAUCAGCUCUAGUAGGAGGCCCUGGAUUAGGAGGAUUUUCUUCUGGAGGAUCAAGCGCUGCUUCUGCAUCAUCUGGUAGUAGUGGAAUUGGAGGAUUUUCUGUUGGAGGGUCAGGAGCUGCAUCUGCAUCUGCUGGUGGUGGUGGAUUAGGUGGCUUUUCUUCGGGAGGACCUGGUGUUGCAUCAGCUUUAGUAGGAGGUCCUGGACUGGGAGGAUUUUCUUCUGGAGGAUCAGGAGCUGCUUCUGCCUCAUCAAGUAGUGGUGGAUUUGGAGGUUUUCCUCUUGGAGGCAUAGGAUCUUCUUCAGUAGGAGUAGGUGGAAUUGGAGGUUUUCCUGUUGGAGGCAUAGGAUCUUCUUCAGUAGGAGUAGGUGGAAUUGGAGGUUUUCCUGUUGGAGGCAUAGGAUCUUCUUCAGUAGGAGUAGGUGGAAUUGGAGGUUUUCCUCUUGGAGGCAUAGGCUCUUCUUCAGUAGGAGUAGGUGGAAUUGGAGGUUUUCCUGUUGGAGGCAUAGGAUCUUCUUCAGUAGGAGUAGGCGGAAUUGGAGGUUUUCCUGUUGGAGGCAUAGGAUCUUCUUCAGUAGGAGUAGGCGGAAUUGGAGGUUUUCCUGUUGGAGGCAUAGGAUCUUCUUCAGUAGGAGUAGGUGGAAUUGGAGGUUUUCCUGUUGGAGGCAUAGGAUCUUCUUCAGUAGGAGUAGGCGGAAUUGGAGGUUUUCCUGUUGGAGGUUCAGGAACUGCAUCUGCAUCUGCUGGUGGUGGUGGACUAGGAGGGUUCUCUUCUGGGGGACCUGGCAUUGCAUCAGCUCUAGUAGGAGGCCCUGGAUUAGGAGGAUUUUCUUCUGGAGGAUCAAGCGCAGCUUCUGCAUCAUCUGGUAGUAGUGGAAUUGGAGGAUUUUCUGUUGGAGGGUCAGGAGCUGCAUCUGCAUCUGCUGGUGGUGGUGGAUUAGGUGGCUUUUCUUCGGGAGGACCUGGUGUUGCAUCAACUUCAGUAGGAGGUCCUGGACUGGGAGGAUUUUCUUCUGGAGGAUCAGGAGCUGCUUCUGCCUCAUCAAGUAGUGGUGGAUUUGGAGGUUUUCCUGUUGGAGGCAUAGGAUCUUCUUCAGUAGGAGUAGGCGGAAUUGGAGGUUUUCCUGUUGGAGGCAUAGGAUCUUCCUCAGUAGGAGUAGGUGGAAUUGGAGGUUUUCCUGUUGGAGGCAUAGGAUCUUCUUCAGUAGGAGUAGGUGGAAUUGGAGGUUUUCCUGUUGGAGGCAUAGGAUCUUCUUCAGUAGGAGUAGAUGGAAUUGGAGGUUUUCCUGUUGGAGGGUUAGGAGCUGCAUCUUCAUCUGCUGGUGGUGGUGGAUUAGGAGGAUUUUCCUCUGGGAGACCAGGCAUUGCAUCAGCUCUAGUAGGAGGUCCUGGAUUAGGAGGAUCUUCUUCCUCAGCAGGAGUAAGUGGAAUUGGAGGUUUUCCUGUUGGAGGGUCAGGUGCUGCAUCUGCCUCUGCUGGUGGAGGGGGAUUUGGAGGAUUCUCUUCUGGGGGCCCUGGUGUUGCAUCAGCUUUAGUAGGAAGCCCUGGAUUAGGAUUUUCGUCUGGAGCUGCAUCUGCCUCUGCAGGUAGAGGUGGUGGGUUAGGAGGAUUUUCAGCAGGUGGCUCAAGUGCUGCUUCUUCUUCAGUGGGAGGAAGAGGAUUUGGUUUUUCAAGUCGAGGUCCAGGAACUACUUCUGUUUCUUCAAGCGCUGGGACCUCUGCAUCACUGUCAGGCAGUGGUCCUGGGUCUGCAGGUAUUGGAGGCAUUGGCUCAGGAGUAGGGUCAGGCUUAUCUGCUGGCUCAGCAGCUGCAUCAUCCUCUAGUGUAGCAGCAGGAUCAGGCUUCAGGCCAAGGGGCCCAUCUCGUGCUUCCUCAGCUGUCUCCUCUUCUUCUGCAGGAGUUGUAAGCCCUGCCAUUACUAACAGUGGAUUGCAGGCUGCAGCAUUAGUUGGUACCCCUGUUAGCAUCACUCCUUUUGGUCCAAGCACUAGUUCAGUCUCAGCAUCUGGAAGAGGAGGUUCUUCAUCUAGUGCAGCAACUAGUUCAGCAAGUUCUUCGUCAGGUUCAAGGGGACGAAAUAUCGUUGCAGGGACGUCAAGAGUAUCCUCCAGUGGUUUAACUUCAUCCACAUCAUCAUCAAUUCCGGUAGCAUCAGCCCUGACCUCAGCUGGAGCUUCUUCAGCAGCAACUUCCUCUUCUGGCUCAUCCUCUGGAGUGCUAACUGGACCCCGUUCUGGUGGUGCCUUUGCAACAGGUUCAUCUGCAGCAUCCACUAGUGCAUCUUCGUCUGCUUCAUCUGCAGCAUCCUCCUUAGCAAGAGCGUCGUCUGCAGCUACAUCAGCAGGUGGCUCUGGAACUUCUCUAGGUGGCGCUAUUCAAAAGCUACCAGUGUUUUUGUUGGGACAACAAAGUCCGACAGGAAAUCUAGCUGAUUUUGCAUCUGUUGGUGGUGCAAGGUUCUUCGGGUCGGGACAAUCAACAGGUGUAACAAGUAGCUCAUUACCUAUUGUUACUAGCAACGCUCAGUUACUUCCUGCUGGAGGUUCUGCUCUCUCUCUCGGAAGCAGUACUCCCUUGUUCCUCACUAGCUCACCAGUAGUACACACUUCACCAUUAGUACAAAGUAUCCCAACAGGGUUUGUAGUUGGGGCUCAGAGUAACCAACUCAGUAUUCCAAGUCAGAAUCUGAUAGUAAGUAAUCCUCUUUCAUUUGGUUCCAUUCCCGGAAGUCAGCUUACAACUCUCGGCUAAGGAACUGCUUAAAAGCGAGUUACAGUUGGAAACGUUUUGUAGAAAGUCUGGCACUAAUGACUGGUCGACAAUUAAUGCACAAUAUUGUAAUAUAGGAGAUUAUCUUUUUUUAUUCGCCAGAAAUGAAACCUCAGUGCAUCGAAUAAAUUGCAUCGGUUGACACACGAAUCUGCCAAAGUAUUAUGUAUCGAAUACUGUUUACGUUGUUACUUUUUGCUCAUUUGUGAUAUUUUAAUCAAAUGUAGUUUUUAUUGUUAGUUGUUUGAAAUGUUUUAUGUGGUGUUUAUAAUAAUUUCAUGUUUUAUAGUUAAUAAAGUAAUAAAUGAUAA